AUGGAAUAUCUAAAGCAAACUUUCUAAUGCCCUGGUUUAGGCAUUAAAGUCUAUAGAGUCCAUGUAAGGGUUGAUAACUAACGUGCACUAAAAAGGAAGUCAUUAUUGACAAGUUCUUAUAAGACUCGAUAAUUGAUCUAAGCAAAUAAUAAAUUGUAAAACUCCUAAGAUAAAAAUGAUUCAAGCCGAUAAUCUAUCAGAAAGAUUGAAUAAUAAGAUCCUAAUGACAUUCAAGAUUUGCUUAUUUCCCCUGCGUAGUAAUUGAAAAGAUAUUAUUCCAUUCAAGUUGGUGCAACAAAAAAUUAUCAAGCAAACGUAAAUCAAUAAUAAAAUUAAAAGCAAGAUUAAUAAAAAGGAUUAAAUAAUAGAAAUACUAACAAAAACAAAAGCCAACUUUGCUAAAAAAAAGAAAAUUACCUCUAUGAUCUAAAAGAAAAACAGGAUGAACUAGAGGAAGAGACAUUGCUAAAGAUGGAUUCAGAAACAAUUAUAAAAUAUCAAAAAUUUAGAGGAUUAGUCAAUGAACAAUUAAUGUUGAUGGAUAAUUAAUACAUAUUUACUCCUAAAUUUUUGCCCUUAUCUGUCAAAACUACUCUACUUUAUAAGGCGACAAGAGAUGGAUAUAAAGCAUCUGAUUUCCACAAAAUAUGUGAUAAUAAAGGCCCAACUAUAACAUUUAUAUUGAGUGAGCAAGGUUUAGUUUUUGGUGGAUAUACAUCUGUCUCUUGGAAAUCUACUGAUACUUAUUAAUCAAAAGAAGAUCAUUAAGCAUUUAUAUUUAGCUUGACUAAUAAAACUCUGCAUACUAAAUAUCGAAUCUUUGAUCAUGCAGUUGGACAUGACAAAGAAUACUUAAUGAUUUUUAGUGGGGACAUUAGAAUAAAGGAUAAAUGCAAUGCUCACGUAGAAAGUACUUCUGAAUUAGGCAUGACAUAUACGAUGAUAAAUAAUCAGAAGUUUCAAGAUGAUUUAACUCGUUAAUAUUUAGCAGGAAGUUAUUCAUUCAGAGUAAUAGAAAUAGAAGUUUACAAAGCUUCGGAAUGA